AUGGCCGACUCGAGCGCCCCCGCCCCGGCCCCGCCCACCGAGGCCGUCGCCAACAUGCACCUCGACAGCGUCACCGGCGAGAUGGUGUCCAAGAGCGAGCUCAAGAAGAGACAGAAGAACCGUGAGAGGGACGCCAAGAAGGCUGAGAAGGCCGCUGCCGCCCCUCCCAAGCCCGUCGCCGCCAAGAAGGACAACGCUGAGGCCGACGAGAAGGCCCUCGACCCGCGCCAGUACUUUGAGAUUCGCUCGCGCGCCAUCAACAAAACAAGUCACCCGACCCUUACCCCCACAAUCGACUAUGACGUCCGCAAGUUCACCACCGAUUUCGGCCACCUCAAGUCCGGCGAGCACAACAAGGACAAGAUCCUCCGCGUCGGCGCCCGUAUCUACAACAAGCGCGCCUCGGGCUCCAAGCUCGUGUUCUACGAUGUCCGCGUCGAGGGCGUCAAGGUUCAGGUCAUGUGCCAGGCCCAGGAGGUCACCGGCGACGUCUCGUUCGACGACCAGCACCUGCACCUUCGCCGUGGUGACAUCAUUGGCAUCGUCGGCUACCCCGGAAGGACAGCGCCCAAGUCCAAGCUCGAGAAGGGCGAGGAGGGCGAGCUCUCCAUCUUCGCGACCGAGAUCAAGCUCCUGACGCCCUGCCUGCACAAUCUCCCCGACGAGUACUACGGUCUCAAGGACCAGGAGGAGCGUUUCCGCAAGAGGUAUCUCGAUCUCAUGAUGAACGACCGCAGCCGCAACACCCUCAUCACAAGAUCCAAGAUGGUCACUUACAUUCGUCGCUACCUCGACGAGAGGGACUUCGUCGAAGUCGAGACCCCUCAGAUGAACGCCAUUGCUGGCGGCGCGACUGCCAAGCCCUUCAUCACCUACCACAACGAGCUCGACAUGACCAUGUUCAUGCGUAUCGCCCCAGAGCUGUACCUCAAGGAGCUUGUCGUUGGUGGCCUGAACCGCGUCUACGAGAUUGGACGUCAAUUCAGGAAUGAGGGCCUUGACCUCACCCACAACCCCGAGUUCACCACUUGCGAGUUCUACGAGGCGUACGCCGAUGUCUACGACCUUAUGAACACUACCGAGGACCUCGUCAGCGGCCUCGUCAAGCAUCUCACCGGUGGCUACAAGACCCAGUUCCACACGCAGACCGGCGAGGUCUACGAGGUCAACUGGGAGAAGCCCUGGAAGCGCUUCGAGAUGAUUCCCGAGCUCGAGAAGCAGACGGGCGAGAAGUUCCCUCCCUCGGACCAGCUGCACACCGCCGAGACAAACGAGUUCCUUCGCGGCGUCCUCAAGAAGAUGAAGCUCGACUGCUCGCCCCCGCUCACCAACGCCCGCAUGAUCGACAAGCUCGUCGGCGAGUACAUCGAGGAGCAGUGCGUCAGCCCCAGCUUCAUCUUCGGCCACCCGCAGGUCAUGUCGCCCCUGGCCAAGUACCACCGCUCCAUGCCUGGUCUGUGCGAGCGCUUCGAGGCCUUCGUUUGCAAGAAGGAGAUUGUCAAUGCGUACACCGAGUUGAACGACCCCUUUGACCAGAGGCUGCGCUUCGAGGAGCAGGCCCGCCAGAAGGACCAGGGCGACGACGAGGCACAGAUGAUUGACGAGAACUUCUGCAUGUCUCUCGAGUACGGUCUCCCCCCCACCGCCGGCUGGGGCAUGGGCAUCGACCGCAUGGUCAUGUUCCUGACCGACCACUACACCAUCCGCGAGGUCCUCGCCUUCCCCUUCAUGAAGGACGACACGCAGAAGCCCCAGCAGAAGCUCGCCGCCGAGGAGGUCGGCAUCGAGCCCCUGCCCGUCGAGGGCAUCGCCCACAAAUAA